UGGACAAUACCUCCUUCUUCCACGCUCCUCUGCAGCGCGUCCUGCACAUGGUCCUGCAGGACACUCCCUUUUCAGAAUAAGACUUUUCUGUUAACCUCGCUCAGUCAGUCACGGAUUUUUACUGCUGGCAACAACUCAAAGCAAAAAACUUCUUGAAGCAGAAUCAUGACAGGGGAAAGCAGAGGAGCUUCUGCUGAGUCCGGACAGGAUAAACAGACUCCUCCAAGAGGAAAAUGGGCAAACAACACAGAGUUUCUCCUCUCCAUGGCUGGAGAAAUCAUAGGUCUGGGGAAUGUCUGGCGUUUCCCUUAUCUCUGCUAUAAAAACGGAGGAGGCGUCUUCCUGAUCCCCUACUUCGUGUUCCUCUUCUGCUGUGGCAUUCCCGUGUUCUUCUUGGAGACGGCGUUGGGGCAGUACACCAGUGAAGGGGGGGUGACCGCCUGGAGGAAGAUCUGUCCUAUGUUUGAGGGAGUGGGUUACGCCUCCCAAGUGAUUGUGAUCUACUUAAACAUUUAUUACAUUGUGAUAUUAGCCUGGGCUAUUUUCUAUCUGAUUAACUCCUUCCAAAGCCCUCUGCCUUGGUCUACGUGUGAUAACUGGUGGAACACGGAUUUAUGCCACAGCCGAUCCGGUUUCCUUUCCAACCCCGACUUGUUUCACAGAGAGGCAAACUGGUCCUUCCUCAACAAUGUUUCCUCAGCUGAUGACUUUGAAGGUUUUAACUACAGUAUCAAUCCCCUUCUGCUCGUCAAAUCCCCAGAGGAGGAAUUCUUCAGAAAUCGCUUGCUGAGGGUCUCACAUGAUUUUUCGGUGGGGGCGGUCAACUGGGACCUGGCUCUGUGUCUCCUGCUCGCGUGGGUGAUAUGCUACUUCUGCAUCUGGAAGGGCAUCAAAUCAACUGGAAAAGUGGUGUACUUCACAGCAACGUUUCCUUACCUGAUGCUGCUCAUUCUCUUCUUCCGCGGCGUGACGCUCCCCGGUGCCGGACAAGGCCUGACGUAUUACCUCUAUCCAGACUUUAGAAAGCUUGGAGAUCCUCAAGUGUGGAACGACGCAGGAACUCAGGUGUUUUUCUCCUACGCCGUUUGUCAGGGCGUCCUGACCGCUCUGGGAAGCUACAACAAAUACAACAACAACUGCUACAGGGAUUGUUUUGGGCUGUGCUGCCUGAACAGCGCCACCAGCAUCUUUGCUGGCUUCGCGGUUUUCUCAGUGCUGGGCUUCAUGGCUCAAGACCUGGACAUUCCCAUCGAGGAGAUAAUGUCGGCUGGUCCAGGCCUGGCUUUCGUCGCCUAUCCGAAGGCUCUGUCGCUGAUUCCUGGCUCCUCCUUCUGGGCGGUGCUCUUCUUCCUCAUGGUCCUCUUCCUGGGCCUGGACAGUCAGUUUGUGUGUGUGGAGAGUCUGGCCACGGCCAUCACCGACCUGUUCCCACGCCGCCUGAGGAAACCGGGUGCUAGAGAGAUCCUGGUUCUGGUCAUCGCUGUUCUUUGCUUCUUGUUUGGACUUCCAUUCGUUACUCAAGGGGGGAUUCAUCUCUUCUCGCUGGUCGAUUACUUCGGCCCCAGUGGAACCAGCAUCCUGAUCAUUGCUUGUGUCGAGACGAGUGUUGUUGCUUGGAUUUACGGCGCGGACCGUUUCUUGGACAACAUCGAGGACAUGAUCGGAUACCGGCCGUUAUCCGUGCUGAAAUACCUCUGGCUGUUUGUCACUCCUCUCAUCUGUUUGCUGACAGUUCUGUAUGGCCUGAUACAAGCCAGACCUUUCACAAUAGAGGGCCACACACUUAGGCUCGGGUCCUCUUUACUGGCUGGUUUACUAAUGGCUGCACCUCUGAUCUGCAUCCCAGCUUUCAUUUUUGUCGCCUUGUACAAGGAUCCUAAAAGGAUGAUAAGAGCGUCCAAAGAUCUCCGGCAGAUCCGACCACACAAGCCGCUGCUGACUCUGUGUGAUUAUGUCAUCUUCAAAGCUCAAGGGCAGACGAAGGAGAGCGAAGAAAAAGGAAAUGAAAGCAACAUGGAAGAGUCGGCCAAAGUCUAAUUUUUAGUUGCAAAUGUGGAAAAAAAAUACUUUUAUAUACUUUGUUUACAUAUUUCUGCAGUUUGCAGGUAGAAUUUGUUUUUCUAUUUACUUUUCAAUACUCAUAAAGUAUAUGAAUUUUAUAUUUACUCCAUAGAUAUAGAUGCGUGGAAACAGACAUUUUAUUUAGGUUUUUUUGGUUCGGAGAUUGAUCAGGUGUGGGGGUGAUGGAGCCUAAAUGCAGACAAGAUAUAAAGAAAUACAUAAAUAAGCUGGAAAAGUUGCAUUAUUUGUGGUAAUGCUAACGUGAAUGCUUUUUGCUGAAGGUGGUCGCUGAGAAUGCUGAAGCAAUUAACUUUAAUUGCUGUGUAAUGUCCUGAACGUUAUGAUGCCAAACUUGCAUAAUUUGCAGAAAGUGUACAAGAAUUUGAAAAAUUUCUCGAAAACUCGCAAAAAAAGAAAA